AUGGCAUUUUCUCGCGCAGAACGAAAGCGACUGCUGCGCGACCGGGAACUGCUUCCCCCACUGGCGGAGAGCCCAUUUGGGCCCUUCCCGCCCGGCCAUGGUGUAAGGAGCGAGGCGACGGUGGUGAAGUGUUCGGGGCCUGCUUUCCCGGCCUCGCAAAAAGCGCCGGCGACAACGGAGAAGCGCGUCGGCGGCGUGGGAGGCAGCGGGGGGGAGGCAGCGGGGGUGGAGAGUGCGUCGGCGAGGCCCAUUCUCGUGGGCCACACCGGAACGGGCGGUAUGAACUUCAGCACCUUCAAGGGGAACGGCGCGACUACCCGCUCUCAAGGGGACGGACGCUUUGGCGAUCCCAAGGGUCCAGGAAAGGCGGGGGCUUUGCAGAAGCAAAAGAUUCCACCCACGGAGUUUCGCAGUCACUAUCAACGUGGGGACCUUCCACUGUCCAUUCAACAGGCCGCGACUCGUUCCCUGCUCUGGCGAGUGAAUGUGGCUACAUUGGAUUAUCACUAUUUUCUGCCCAUCUUUUUUGAUGGACUUCGAGAGCUUGAGGAGCCGUUUCGCUUUGUGGCCACACAAGGCUGCUACGAUCUCCUUGAAAAGGGAGGAUCGAAAAUCCUUCCGACCAUACCUCAGCUCAUUUUGCCUAUUAAAACAGCACUCAACACACGCCACCCCACAGUCAUUGUAAACGUUUUGAAGGUUCUUCAGAAGCUCGUGCUGAGCGCCGACUACGUUGGGCAAGCCCUGGUUCCCUACUACCGGCAGCUUCUCCCAAUCUUCAACCUGUACAAGGAUCGAAAUAAGAACUUGGGCGACCGCAUCGACUUCUCACAGGGCAAGAAGCAAAACAUCAGUGAUCUUAUAAAUGAGACACUCAAUCUCCUAGAGCGGUACGGCGGUGAGGACGCCUACAUCAAUAUCAAGUACAUGAUUCCAACGUACGAGUCCGGGGUCGCCUGA